CUGGUCGAAAAUGGUUCGCUCUUUUUGCACUGCCAACAGCAUCUGACGUACCGUAUACGCGUCGAGGGAGGCUAUGAAGGCGGACAGGCUCAGCUGGCAGGCGCCCCAGAAGCGCCUCCUCGACAGACAUCAUGAUGCUCUCUUUCUGUCGACGUCGUCCAGGACGCCGUCAACAGCAUCGAGCGAAGACAGCGACAUGAAUGACCAUCACUCUCACCAACAGCUUGAGAAUGUCCCCCUGCUGGCCGGGACUGAACAUUCGCAUGGCAUUGCGACAACGCCAUUGCCCAUUAUCGAACAUUAUCCCGCCUUGCUAUGGAACGGGCUGUACCUGGUGGUGUCUGUGGCCGUCUCGCUCGUCAACAAGGCCCUGUUCGACACACACAUGGCCCGGCUGCCGUUGGUCGGUGUGGUGGUGCUGGCGCAGGUAGUGGUGACGGUUGUUGUCUUGAUGUGCCUGCACUGCGUUGGGUGGGCGCGGCUGCCUGGCUGGAGCGGGGAGACCUUCAAGGGGACACUGAUGCAGAGCUUAUGGUGAGUGAGUGAGUGAGUGAGACAGACACACGCAUGCACAAUGGGUGCGUGCGUGUGUGUGUGUCAAAGUGCAGGUAUGUGGGUCGCCUGUUCGGCGGUGUUGGCGCAUUGCAGUUUCUCUCGGUGCCGACGACCUCUGCCUUGAUGCGCGUCGGCCUGGUGGUGGCUGUGGGGCGAGGUGAGCUUAUGACACAGACAGACAGACAGACACGCGCUGCGUGCUGCGCGCUGUACUGUAUGUGUCUCACAUUCGCUGUGUGUGCGCUGUAUGUGGGACAGCAUUGGCCAUGCGACAUGAAGUCCACCAUGCGUCAUUGGACGUGAUGGGUGUGCUGUGGUACCACUCACUAGCAGCCAUCCCCCUAUGCGCCUUCAUCACAUGCGCCGAAACACUCAUCCGCUCAGACUUCCACACGUACCUAAAAGAGACAGACAGACACACAGUCGGUCGCAGAGAGACUUGAGAGACAGACACAACAAUCCGCCCUCCCUCUCUAUGCUAUGCAGGCUCCUGUCCCACCUCAGCGGCAACAUCCCCACAAUGGGUCUAUUGGCGGCUUCAGGCCUCUGUGUGUGUCUGCUCAACUUGUCCCACAGCCUGGCCAUGCACAACUUCCAUCGCGCAUGGGAGGCCUCCCGGGAUCAGCUCAACAGACACCGGCUGUACGCCACAUUGCAGCAGCACAUUCUAUGUGGGGGAGAGAGGGGGACAGCGGUGGGUGUGGUGAUGGUUGCGAGUGGGCUGGCCGUCACACAUGGGCUGAAGCACGUGUUGGCCGAUUUGUUGGGUGUCCUGGUGUUUCCUCACACCGUUGCUCUCAACGCAGGAUACAUCACAGGCACGCUCGCAGACAGACAGACAUACACACCCACACCCACAGCCACACACACGAAUGUCUCUCUCUCUCUCUCUCUGUGUGUGUGUGUGUGGUGUGUGUGAAGGAGUUGUGUUGUCGUGGGUGGGUAUCGUCAUGUAUGGCAAUGCCAAAUUCGCCGUGCCGGUGGUCUGCACGCGCACACAGCCCCACAGCGGGCCCCCUUCCACGAGAAGGCACAACAAACGGCGGAGACCGCAUCAUCAUCAUCAGCAGCAGCAGCAGCGGCAACAUGUGUACGGCUUUGGGUGUGGGUGCAAUGCCGUGUAGUUGAGAGUGGGGUCAGUUAGUCAGUGCGAUGGAGAGAUAGAUAGCUCUUCGUUUGUUGGUCCGGUCCAUCCCAUCGGUGGCUUCCAUCGUGAGCAGUGAAGAGAAGAGUCGCGCAGACAGGAACAGAGGUAGGCCUUGGUGUGUUAGUGAAUUAAUGUGACGGACUGACAAGACCUAGAUAGGAAACUCGUCAACAAACAAAUAACAAAUAAGUGGC